CUCGCAUGUUGCGACCCGUCCCCGUGAGUAUCUCCAAAUCUAUGCAAUGGUCUGAGGGAACGAGCUCUUUAGCCCUCGGCUCAGUAUGACAUCAAUUGCUGACCCAGCUUCGUUUUAUAGAAAGAGGACCAGGCUGGUACGUAAUGCUACAAGUUCCCGACGAUGCUUAAUCGAACGACCCGAUUCUACAAACGCGGAUGCGAAACCAUCUCAAUUGGUCUGCAUACUGACAGAAUCCAAGGCCAUACCGUCUCUCAGCGUCUCCGAAAGCUCAAGCAGAUCCCUCCUGAGCUGUACCCUCUCGCUGUCGUCGUUGGCUUCGCUCUCGGCGCUGCCGGCUACUCCAUCUCUCGCAAGUUCAUCGUUGAUAAGAACCUCCGUCUGGCCCGACAGGGUCCUGCUGGCCGCCACGAUGCUGGCCACGCUGAGGGCCACGCCGAGGGCGAGAGUGAGGGUCACUAAAUUUGGCAUAAAGAUAGGGAUGCUGUUGGGGAAAUGAAAUUGUUCGCAUGUCCACGUGUUUUCGGAAGGACAGUACUGUACAUUUCAGAUGAGUGCGGUAGUAGGGAAACCCAUCAGGUAUAAAAUCUGAAUAUUCUCGGUGAUGAUAUGUCA